AUGGCCAAGCUCGUUUGUAGCGAGUCACAAUACCUUAGAUUGUCUUAUCCGCUUGCGAUGUACCAAACUAUAGAAAAUAAUGUUAGAAAUGAGGUUGAGAAGAAGGUCAACUUGUGUCUCAGCCUAUUGUUCGUGUUGUGUAUCGACAAAAGACAAAAUUUAAGGCGAUGCGGGACGCAAGCCGCGUUGUCGACGACUUCUACGCACGCGAGAUUUAGUUUUGAUUAUUUCAAUCUCGCUCGUCUGAUUAAGUCUCUUUGUCAGCGCUUUGAUAUCCAGACAUCGGUGCAAGACUUUGAUCACCUCGACAUUGUGAGUCGCUGGAUAGGCAGUCUGCAGGAACCAGUCCACUAUCUCGCCGAUGCCAUGAGCGCAUGUUCUAUUCAUCAUGCUAUUGAGCCUUACUUCGGCGUGAUUGAGGGCAAUGGUGCACUCGCUGUCCUCAAAUAUGGUCGACAUACUUUGGUCGCCGCCAGCAGCGAUUUGACCAUUGAUUCUAUAAGCGUGAUUCGGCCUAAGCAUGGUUUGGGAUUUUUUUGCGGCUAUCAUCAAUGGUAUACCUUCAAGUUCGUGGUGUUGAACAAUGACAUUUGA